UCAAUAUACUAUGUCUUCCCUAACAGCUGCUCCUGUUUCUAAUUCUGUUGAAGCUGCUAACAAUUCUGUCAUUGUUUUCGUGACAGUGUUUGUUACACUAUUUUUUGUUGCUGCUUCUGGCACCUUCUGUUGUGUAUGUGUAUGCAAUGGCUCCUCUUCCCCUGGCGCAGGCUCCUCUCCACCGAGCAAUGACACAAAGAAGAAGGAUGAAAAAACAGAUCAGGAGAUAAAAGAAAAAAAGGAAGUGCAAAUUGAUCUGCAAGCUCUUCAUUAUUAUAUAUUCCAGUCAAAUCCGAAGUACAUUAGCACCAUUGAGUUGUCUGGACAGUACUUAAGCGAGUCAGAGGCAGCCAAAAGAGCAGCAAAAGAGAAUGGAACUUUAUUGAGAACAAAUAAUGGAAAGGUCUACAUCAGCACUCCUGGAGGUACACAUGCUGAGAUUCAGUUCAUUAGUGACAAUCAAAAUCCCAAGACAGUCACUGACCUCUGGAUAAAGAAUUCACCUUGUGCCUCAUGUUCCCAAUCCCUCAUUCAAUAUUUCAAGGAUUGUCCAAAGAAGCCUACUAUUUAUAUUGGACGUAUCUGGCAUCUCAAUGAUUCGUUUGAUGAUCAAGGAUUAAUUGAUAUCAUUGAGGCUGGAUUUACUCUGAGUGUGUGGGGAGAGCUGAAUGCACUACUGUAUGGAUCUGGGGACACAACAACAGCCAGCUAUCUCAAUAAAUUGAAAAAAUAGAGUCCUGAAAAGUGAAAAUGAUUUUGAAAAUGAUGGUGCAUGCUUCAACAAACAUCAGUAGUAACAUCCAGUUUUAAUGUUAUUUCUUAUUUUUUCUAAACUAGAUAAACAGUCGUAUAGUUAUUAUUAAGAUAUGCACUCAUUCUAGCUACACAGCUAGUCUGCUUAGGCAUGAUUACUAAUGAGGUGUAGUAACAUCACCUAACCCUCUAUUGGGAGUAUAUUAGAAAUAUCAAGAAGCAUGGGAUAUUAUCUUUUGAUUGUAUACUGGUAUGUGAACUAAGCAAAGUGAGCCAGCUUACUAUUUAAAUGUCAACUCAGUCUUGACAAGACUAUUUUUGUUCUUCCCACCCAAUUUAUAGUGGUCAUUAUCUAGGCAUGGACAUACAACUGCUACAUAAGGCCUGGAAUCAUAUUACAUUAAAUUAUUUUAAAUUUAACAGGCCAGACACAGAGCUAUUGCUAAUGCUGAAUUGACUCAUGAAUAUCAUUAAAUAUUGCUCAAUACUAUAGUGAUGGCCAGCAAAGCAAAUAACUGGUGUGAACAGUGUGAAUGGUGUGGAAGCAAAUGAUUGGUUGAAUUGUAUUGCUGACAUCCUGUCAGUAUUGUUUGUUAUUACAUGUACAACUAUCAUCAUAAUAAGUCAAUAACAGUUUAAGGCUGCAUGAAUGAUGAGAAAUGAAAAAAUGGAGUGUUAUAUACAACUACACCGUU